AUGCAUAACAUUCUCUUCCUCCUCCUGACCGCACUCGCAGUGCGCGUUUUCUCGACGAGUCAGAUCGCGCUUUUCGAGGAUGAUAACUGCCAAGAGUCGCUGCGAGGUUUAGAGGGUCCAAACGGCUAUCCUAAUGGAACCUGUACAGAUCUCAGGCGCAAUGGGCCUUACGGCAGCUUCCAGGUCGUUGGCCUGGACCCAGGAUGCACAGUCACUAUUUACAUGAACGAUACGGCCGUCGACAUAUGCUCCGGCUUCCAAGAAGAAAUCCAACCGAUCGACUGCUACAACUCGACCUUCGUAUACUACAGUAUUGACUUCUGCGACGCCGCCGCCAUUGGUGAAUCACCAUCUGCCACAUCCACACCUACGCCUACAUCGACCCCGUCGUCCACACCACCUCCCUCAGGCUCCUCAGGCUUGUCAACGGGCGCGAUAGCGGGGGCAGCAGUCGGAGGAGGCAUAGGGCUCGGCAUAAUAAUCGGAUUAGCGGUGUUCUUCAUCAUGAGGAGGCGGCAUUCGUCACGCCCACGGGAGAUGUCAGGUUCUACGGAGCUUACGAGCGUGACGCCAUACGAGGUCCACGCAAAGCAUAUUCAGGAGUUGGGACCAGGAGCGGUGGCAUACAAACACGAACCUGUGGAAAUUGAACAACCGCCUGUUGAACUCGGCGGCAUGGAGCUGCGACGGCAUGAAGAAAAGGGCAUGCAUUAA